UGGUGGGGUGGCUGGUGGGAAAGGUUGGUAGGAUGUGUAAAGCAGAUUAUUAGGAGAAUUUUGGGACGAGCUUCGUUAACUUACGAAGAACUCUACACAAUUAUCUGUGAGGUAGAGGGUUUGAUGAACUCUCGACCACUUACUACUCUCUCGGAAGAUACUGAAGAUUUGAUUCCGUUGACUCCUAAUAUGUUUCUGCAAGGAAUAAAGGAAACUGGACUUCCCGAUUUAGACCAUAUGGAAAAGGUCAAUCUUGGGAAGAGAUUCCGUUAUUUAUGCAAAUUGAGAAAAGAUUUACGAAAUAGAUUUCGAAUUGAGUACCUGGCGCAAUUGCAAAACCCGAGGGGGUUAGCCAAGGGCACUAAAAUGAUUGCUGUGGGAGAUAUCGUCUUGGUUGGACAUGACAAUCAAAAACGACUUGAUUGGCCUCUGGCGAGAGUUGUCGAGAUCUAUCCAGGUAAAGAUGGAUUGGUGAGAGUGGUAAAAUUAAAAACACAGGUUGGAUUUCUUAUCCGUCCUGUUAGGAAAUUGUACCUAUUGGAGAUUUCUUCGGGGGAUGAGAAGAAAGAUAUGCAAGAAGAAUUUCGUGACAGGACUGCAGGAAGUGAUGUGACAAACUCAUCUGAGAAGUAUCGAGUCUCCAAAAGGGGCAGACCCCUAAAGACUCCCAAGCGGUUAAAUCUAUAA